CUUGCCCGGCGUGGGCGGGGCUUGGCCGGCGGGAGCGCCGCCGCGCGGUGGGAGCGCGGGCCGGAGGGGCGGGCGCUGCGUUUCCGGGUCAGGCCCUCCUCCCUUACCGGCCCGGGCUUGUUCUUCUCCUCCAUGGCUAGCGGCGGCGGCGCGGGCGCGGCGGCCUCGGCCAACCUCAACGCCGUGAGGGAGACCAUGGACGUUCUACUUGAGAUUUCAAGAAUUUUGAAUACUGGUUUAGAUAUGGAAACGCUGUCUAUUUGUGUACGACUUUGUGAACAAGGAAUCAACCCGGAAGCCUUAUCGUCUGUUAUUAAGGAGCUUCGCAAGGGCACUGAAGCACUGAAGGCUGCUGAAAAUACAAGCUGACUUCCGGAAAUCCUGAACACAUACAUCAAGCUCUGAAAGAAAAUUUGAAGAUUGCAUUGUAGUCAAGAUGUACAAUGAUAUUACUGCUUGCUGCGUAGAAAAUGUUUUCUUUUUAAAAGAAUUAUAAAACCAUGGCUGUGUGAGUCAGUGGGGAGUGGUUUAAGGGAGACCUAGCAGGCAUGUUUACAUCACAGCCAUCUUGUUAAUGGCCCCAAUUCCAUGGCACUGCUGUGCUCUUAUUUACGUAUUCCUUAUUUAUAGCUCUGCUAGCUGUAAUUUUCUAAACAGUGUCUCUCAGAGUACACAGUUGCUGCGCCUCGUUGACGUUAGUGGAACACAUCAGAGGGAUGAAUAGUAGUUAUGACUUGUUGACAUUUCCAUUAGAAACCUUAAUUUUGAAUUGUUUAUGCAUAAUAACUGGCUAUAUGUUCCGCUGGGCUGAAAGUUGAUGGGAUUUCAGCUGCCAUUUGUGAAUUUUGCCUUUUUUUUGUAUUUCACAACUUGUUUUUUUUUUCUAAAACAAAAAACAAAAAAGAAUCAAAGGCAUAUCUUCUAAUCAUAUCUUUAACAAAAUAUUUAGAUUUUUAAGCAGUCUUUUGGCAGUUGAAAGUAUUGACUAAAACUUAGAACUUUUAGAAACUUAAGAUUUUAAAAAUAAUGCCAGGACUUGGCUUAGCAUUAUUUGUAGUUUUGAACCAUUUAAACCUAAUGAGAGUAGCUGAGAAUGCUUUUCUUUCUAAAUUUUAUACCCAAAUAAAGGCCUACAUAAUAAUGUAUAAAGUGAAAACAGCAAACACACAAAGUUCAUUUUUAAUUUUAUUGUCUAAAAAUAAUAGGAAUGCUAACUAUUUAACCCUGAGUGGCUGUUUAAUCAGUACAUAGGUGGUGUAUUUCAACAAAUUGAUUCAUAAUACUUUCUGAAGUAGAAUUUCUACUUGUUAAAAAAACUAAUGAAAUGUGUACUAGUAAUUUUAAGUAUGACUUUGCAGAAAAAAAAUUGUGUCAUUAUUUUUACCAUUAAAGCUUAAACUCAUGAAAAUGAUGGUUCAAAAAUAAAUUUUAAAAAAUUUAUGAUGGUAUUAGUUCUGUUCCUGUUACAGAAUCUUUUUGUUUAUUUGUUUGUUUUUUGAGACAGGGUUUCUCUGUGUAGCU